AUGGCUAGUGUUUCGUAUCAAAUCGCUAAUCUUCUUGAGAAGAUGACAUCAAAUGACAAAGACUUCAGAUUUAUGGCGACAAAUGAUUUGAUGACUGAAUUGCAAAAAGAUAGCAUUAAGCUCGAUGAUGACUCUGAGAGGAAAGUCGUAAAAAUGCUUCUUCGCCUGUUGGAAGAUAAAAAUGGAGAAGUUCAGAAUUUAGCUGUUAAAUGUCUUGGACCUUUGGUAAACAAGGUGAAAGAAUGUCAAGUGGAGGGUAUUGUUGAUACCCUCUGUGCCAAUAUGUUGUCAGACACUGAACAGUUAAGAGAUAUUAGUAGUAUUGGACUGAAGACUGUAAUCUCUGAGCUUCCAUUGGGCUCUAAUAUUCUUGCAGCAAAUGUAUGUAAGAAAAUUACUGGGAGGUUAAGCAGUGCUAUCGAAAAGCAAGAAGAUGUAUCAGUCCAACUUGAGGCUUUAGAUAUCUUGGCUGACUUACUCAGUAGAUUUGGCGGGUUGCUAAUAACCUUUCAUCCAAUGUUAUUAGACUCUUUACUUCCUCAACUUGCAUCUCCCCGUCAGGCUGUACGUAAACGUACAAUCGUUGGUUUGUCUCAUCUUGUUAUGUCCUGUAAUACUUCUUUAUAUAACAAACUCAUUGAUCACUUAUUGGAGGGUUUGAGUACUUCAACAUCAUCAAGUGUCAGUCGUACCCAUAUUCAAUGUAUUGCUUCAGUAUGUCGUCAAGCCGGGCAUAGAUUUGGUGAGCAGUUGUGGAGAGUGGCUCCUCAGGUUUUGAAACAUUCAACAGAUCAAGAUGAGGAGUUACGUGAACAUUGCCUUCAAGCCUUGGAAGCAUUUGUUUUGAAGUGUCCUAAAGAAGUGCAGCCACAUAUUCCAACUAUCAUUGAUCUAUGUCUUAAAAUGAUAACCUAUGAUCCAAAUUACAACUAUGAAGAUGAUGAAGAAGGUGGUGGUGGUGGGGAGGACGAGGAAAUGGAGGAUGAAUCUUUUGAACUGGCUGAGCCCGAGUCAGACUCUGAGGAAUACUCUGACGAUGAUGACAUGUCCUGGAAGGUGAGGCGUGCUGCUGCUAAAUGUUUGGAAUCCGUGAUCUCAACGCGUCACGAACUUUUGGCUGAAAUGUAUGUGACUGUGUCACCUGCAUUGAUUGCAAGAUUUAAAGAGCGUGAGGAAAACGUGAAGUGCGACAUUCUAUCAGCGUAUACAGCUUUACUGCGGGCGACUCGGCCCCCGCCAGCACUACACACGCCCUUGAUACCGGCGGCCGACAGUCCGCAGGCACUACUACUACAAAGAGUGGCGGGCGUGGUGCGCGGAGCCCUGCGUGUGAUCCGCGGACGGAGCGUGCGGGCCCGAGCGUGCGCGCUCGCUCUGUUGAGGGAGCUGCUGGCGGCCGCGCCCGGCUGUCUGGCCGACCACGCCGCGAGGGUCAUCAGGGCACUCACUCCACCACUCACCGACAAAGGCACCGCGUCGUCUAUGAAGAUCGAGACGCUGGUGUUCGUGGUGUGGCUGGUCCGCGGUCACGCCGCUGACUGUAUGCGGCCGCACGUGUCGGCGCUGCUGCCGGCCGUGCUGGCCUGUGUUCAUGACCCCUUCUACAAGGUGACAGCGGAGGCGCUACACGUCCUGCAGACGCUCGUCAAGGUCAUGCGCCCACUCGAGGACAUCUCGCGGGGCGUGUCCGGCGUGUCGGGAGUGGGGGAGCGCGAGGUGGCUGACUGGGUCCGCGGUAUGUACGACUGUACGCUGGUGAGGCUGCGGGCUACUGACAUGGACCAAGAGGUCAAGGAGCGGGCCAUCGCCACCGCCGGGCAACUCAUAUGUCACUUUGGAGAUUACUUGGAGAAUGAGCUGCCGGUGUGUCUCCCAAUAUUUUUGGAGCGAUUGAGAAACGAAAUUACGCGGUUGACGACUGUGAAGGCUCUCACUAAAAUCGCUUCUUCACCUCUACGUAUUGACUUGCGGCCGAUAUUGAGCGACGCAGUUCCGAUUCUCGGCUCUUUCUUGAGGAAAAAUCAGAGGGCCUUAAAACUGUCAACGCUGGUUUUAUUGGAUACACUCGUACAAAACUACAGUAACGCUAUCAGUAUAGAGCUACUAAGUAAGGUGCUCAUGGAGGUGCCAGCCCUAGUCUGUGAGGCGGACCUUCAUUGUGCUCAGACAGCGCUGACUCUGGUCCGCGGCGCCUGUGAGAGAUGUCCGGCCGCACUCACACCGGACGCACGGCACGCACUCACACCGAACAUACUGGCGUUGGCACGAUCCCCGCUGUUGCAAGGAGGGGCGUUAAAGGCGAUGGUGGGGGUUUUAUCGGCGCUGGUGGCAGCUGAUGUUGCGGGCUGUGGUCGCCGCGAGCUCUUGGCGCUAUUGGUGGCUCCCGUACAUGACAACCCCGACCAUGCUGCCACGCCGCAUCAUAUCAAACAAGCUUAUCACUCGCUUGCUAAGUGUGUGGCGGCUGUCGUUGUGUCCGGUGGGUCAGACGCUCUGGAUAUAACGCGAGGCUUCCUGAAGGACGCGGCGCAACCUCGCUCUGAUACACAUCACAUGUUCGCACUACUAGCACUGGCGGAGAUAGGGCGACAUCUUGAUCUAAGUUCUAUUCCGAAUCUGAAAGAGGUGCUACUGAGUUCUUUCACUCCGUCCUCUGAAGAGGUCAAGUCUGCUGCGAGCUACGCGCUAGGAUCAGUGGCCGUGGGAAACUUACCUGAGUUCUUACCGUUCAUACUCAACGAGAUCGAAGCACAGCCCAAAAGACAGUAUCUGCUUCUGCAUUCACUCAAAGAGAUUAUAGCUUGCGAAUCCUGCACACCAGAAAGCGUGGAGGCGUUGAGGCCUUUUAUACCAGAGAUUUGGGUACAGUUGUCUAAGCACUGUCAAUGCGCCGAGGAGGGAUCACGCAAUGUUGUUGCCGAAUGUUUGGGAAAACUAUGUUUAUUAGAACCUCAGCAGCUUCUGCCGCAUUUGAAAGAGUUUUUGAAGUCUUCUGAACCUCUCACAAGAACUACCGCCGUUACCGCAGUCAAGUUCACUAUUUCCGAUCAGCCUCAAGCCAUCGAUAGUAUGCUUCGCUCGUGUAUGUCUGAGUUGCUGGUGCCUCUCCGCGACUGUGAGCUAGGCGUGCGGCGAGUGGCGCUGGUCGCCUUUAACUCGGCAGCUCAUAAUAAACCCUCGCUGGUACGAGACCUGCUGCCACAAGUCCUGCCUACUAUAUACGCUGAGACUAAAGUCAAGAAAGAACUGAUAAGAGAAGUAGAGAUGGGUCCAUUCAAGCACUCGGUGGACGACGGUCUGGACCUGCGCAAGGCGGCCUUCGAGUGUAUGUACACGCUGCUGGGCACGUGCCUGGACCGUAUCGACGUGUUCGAGUUCCUGAGACACGUGGAGGACGGUCUGAGAGACCAUUACGACAUCAAGAUGUUGACGUACCUCAUGUGCGCCAGGCUCGCUCACCUGUGUCCGGCUGUGGUUCUUCAGAGACUGGAGAGUUUGGUGGAGCCUCUUCGUGCUACAUGUACUAUGAAGGUGAAGGCUAACUCUGUGAAGCAAGAGUAUGAGAAGCAGGACGAGCUCAAGAGAUCAGCUCUCAGAGCAGCCGCCGCCUUACUACAGAUACCUGACGCGGACAAAAACCCUCACUUAAUGGACUUCGUAACUCAGAUCAAGUCAUUCCCAGACUUACAGCCCAUAUUCGAGUCGAUCCUGAAAGAUUCUUCAGGCGGCGUGGACUCCAAUCUCAUGGAUCAGAGCUAG